AUGUCCUCAAGCAGGCAUGGCUCUACCGAAGAAGUGGUGAUGCUUCAUUCGUCCGGAGGCGUUCGGAACACGUGUGUCCUUACGCAGCAUCCAGCGGCAGUAGCUAAUGAGCACGAUUCUGCAGAACCAUUGGACGACAGCGCUGUUCACAGCAGUCCCAUUAUCAGGGAGACGGGAGCAGGAGACAUCAUGUGUAAGGGUCUUUUCUGCCGGUUGAUCGUCGUCAUUGGUUUGUGUAUGAUGCUGUGUGCUGUUGGGACUUUACUCUUCAUUAGUGGUUUUUUUCUAUCGAGAGACGACCUCCCAUUCAUUAGUGACGGACGAGUAAUUCCGUUCCCUCCGUUGUUUCCUCACUUAGACCCUGCGCGACUUCUGCUCAAUAAAGAGGAGGGAGUGUACUAUGUGGAGAACAAUAGUCCGAGAGCCAUGCUCGGCACCAGCGAGCAUGUAAAUGCCGACGGUGCCCCUAGGCCUCUCUAUGUGGAACAUUUCACUCAUCCACCAAUUCCAGCUUCCUCUGAUACCGACCCGUGCCAGACUACCCAGUGCCGAUCCUCUUGGGUCUCAGUGACACCUUACGACCGCGUUGUUGUUUUCCUAAUAGAUGCAAUGCGCUUUGACUUCCUGCUUUGGGACCCCAAGGCCUCGAAUGCUUGUGAAGAUGACUCAACCAAAGAGUGUACCAGUGCUCCGCCUGAGCUCCGGCCUUUCUAUCGAAAUCGCCUGCCUUUAGCACAUGACCUCCUCCGCCGGUCCGAUGCAGACUUGAAGCGAUUCCUCCUCAGCUUGAUAGAGAGCAAAGGAUCACCAAGGGUAGAAGAAGGAAACAGAGCAGUUGCAGUGCAAAAUGAUCCGAGUCCACGUGAAGCCCCGGUGUCACCAGGUGUCACAGACCCACACCAGAGGUCUGGUUCGUCGCCCUCCGUCUACAACUGGGGAGGAAACCGUUUUACUCGGUUAUAUGUCUUCGAAGCAGACCCACCUACCGCCACUACCCAGCGUCUGACUGGCCUUGCCACAGGAAGCAUGCCGAGCUUUUUCAGCGUAUGGAUCAAUGGAAUUUCCGACCAAUGUGUGCUUACAGGGCACCAUGAGGCGGUUCGAGAGACGUUUUCUGCGUCGGCAGUGGACGUGGAUAGCUUACUGUUGCAGCUGAAGGCAGCAAACAAGACCUCCGUUGCUAUUGGUAUGUGUGCACAAUGGGUGCACGCAUUCCCGUCGUUGAAUAUCCAGGACCUGCACACAGUAGAUGACGGGGUCGCUGCUGAACUUCCUCGGGAAUUUGGGAAGGGCGACUGGAGUUUUCUCGUUGGCCACGUUCUUGGUGUGGACCAUGUAGGUCAUGCAGCUGUCCUUGAUUCCGAUUUGAUGCAUAGGAAGCUAACAGAAAUGAAUGGCAUGAUCAAGGACACGUUGAAACUGGUGCUGAAAAACAACUCAAAUACAGUAACUUCCAGGCAAACUCAGACGCUCUUUCUGGUAUUUGGAGACCACGGAAUGACUGAAGCGGGGUCUCAUGGAGGUGGUAGCAGCGAGGAAGUGGAGGCAGGUCUUCUGUCAUUCUCGACGCUGCCCGCGAUGCUAAGCCCACGUGCUGCACAGAUGCUUUCUCCGGGUACACGCCUUUUCGCAGGCCGCCUGCCGGCGUACUUGCAGAACCACGGUGCUUUUUGCGACAGUACUGGGCGUCGGAGGGUUGAUUUUGGGUCGGCACUCGAUGCAGCCUCCCCAACGGCAGCACUCGGCUAUGGGUCGCGCCGCAUAAGGCAGGUUGGCUUGGCGCCGACGCUGGCCUUACUUAUGGGAAUUCCCAUUCCAUUUAAUUCUAUGGGACGAAUAAUAGCAGAUGUCGUCCCGAGCAUUGCAAGCUUUGUGCCAGAGUGCUUUCCAGAGGCUCUGAUGACACCUCUGAACGCCUCAAAGUGCGGUGCGGAUGAUGGCAAGGCGUGCAGCGAGGGGGAGAGUGAAGAUCAUGCAGUUGCACGGAGAGUGCGUUGCAGCGACUUGGCCUAUCUAACGCAGUUACAUCACAUCGCAGCAUGGCAGCAACAUCGAGCCGUUGUUACAAACGCAGCACUGACUGGAAAUGGGGCAGUGCUUACAGAUCCUCAGUUUGCAGCGGCGAAGGCUAAAUGGUUGAAGCUGUAUUCCGAGCUAGACAAGGAGAUAAAAUCCUUACCUACAACGGCACAUGCGCCGCUGAAUUCAGGCUCACUGGCGCCUAACUCGAAGGCCAGGGAGUUCGAUGCCACUAUAUCGUUGCCCAUUCCUGGACUUGACUAUGCCGAUGCUGAGCUGAUUUCAAAUAUUUCGCGGUUGUCUCAAACCCGUGCAGGUGGUGAUGCAAGUAGUAGAGAGGAAGCCGAACGCAUAUGGACAAGUGAAGAAACCACUGCAGGCGCUGCUUCUGCUUUACCUUCUUUAGUCCCUUACUUGCUAGCAUCUGCCGAAUUCUCCCGCGAGGCAUGGCAGGCCAGUGUUCGCCAGCUGUGCACUUUUAAUAUCAUGCUGAUGCUUUGCGGUAUAUUCAUGGCCCUUAGUAGUCUCACCAUUUUGGGGUUGGCUGCUUGGGCCCUCCGGAACUCCUUUAGGGGCGAUGCAGAUUCGAGACCUGAAGCGCCGGCUGCGCGAAGUCUUCCAGAGGGAGUCACCAUUGCCAGAUGGCUAUGUGUUAGUACGUGCAUUGGUGCAGGAACGUGGGCGGCGCUAUGGGUGUUCCUGGAAAUAUUCAGACAUUUGCUGGCUGAAUGGGCGUCUGCAUUGCACGUAUUCUUGUGGCGUCAGCUCCCUGCACUUUGCCUGACGGGCGCCUUGUGCUCGGUAGUUGUGCCGUUCGUUCAAACUGCCCUGCCUAUGUUUCGGGAAAAGUAUGCCCAGCGGGGCUUGCGACGUGACUCAUUUGAGGGAGACGAUGCGCCUCUUCUUGCAGGAAAACGAAUUGCUUGGGGAUUUACCAAACUGUUGCAGCAGGAUUUGUGUCUCUCCCACUUGUGGCUUCGCCUUUUCAGCGGUGGGAGAUUACAUUGCUACGGUUCGCUGCUCAUCCUGUGCAUUGUACCCUUUAGUGACUGCUUCGUUGAGAGGGAAUACUCUAUUGUCAAGUUUCUCAUCGUCAUUUACUGCAUUUCGGCAGGUCUCACUGUCUUCGCCACGCCAUCUUCUGGAGGGGAUAAGAAACACAUUGUUGCUGCAUGCGGUGGACUUGCGCUCUGCGUCCGCGUUGGUAGCGCGUUCGACCCAUCUGCGCGUUCAGUUGAAGAGGCAGCGGCAAAUCUGUGGCCCUUGCAGAUUGACUCCACUAGCGCUAGUGCCUUCCUCAUGCUCUGCAUUUAUUGCGUUGUUGGAAUGGACGAGGUGCCUCUCCUCCCACGUAUUUUUGGGCGUUGGAAAGACGUCAUUGUCUUCCCGUUUAAGAUCGUCGACUAUGCGGGUUGCACUUUCUUUGGAUGGGUCAUGCCCCCUGAGCCAUGCCUGUUCACGGCCCCACGUUGGUUGCUGGGGGUCCUUCCACCGCAGCUACUGGAUGGGACGCAAGUCCGCUUGGUGCCUCUUCUCAACGUUCUCCUACCAUGGGCAGUAUAUUUGCUCACUGCGGGGCUGUGGAUGAGGCUUGUACUGAUCCUCUGUCGCAUGAAGAAACGCGAAAAUAAUCUGAGUAGGCAGCAACUGCGCUGCGCGAAGGCGGAAUCGAACGCAGUGGAAGCGGAAUUGCAGACGUGCGUUAACGCCGAUGGCAGGGCUCAAAAGUUUAUUCGGACGGAGGAAAGUGCUCUUAUUCUGUGGAGCAAGGAAUUUUGGGGAUACUUCUCAUACUACUUCUUAAUUACAGCUAUAUGCCCUCUCUGCAUGUUCGCGAUUCUCCUUGGAAGGAUGCAGUUGUGGCCACUUCUCCUCUGCUGUACAAAGUGGCGCCUGCUACUUCUUUUGGGCCGAGUGCUCGUUGUGCCCGCCCGCAUUGCUUCCGGCCAGAAAUGCAGGUGCUGCUUUUGCGUCGUGGCACGUGCACCUCCCGCAUAUUCUGUAACGGAUGCUUCUGCCUACUGUCAAAGAAAUCACGACGCCGACGGAGACUCUUGCGGAUCAAAACAUAGAAUGCAGUAUCUCCUUACUGAUGACAGCUUCUGCAUGCUUGCUGCGCUGUUGGCGCUUGACACCUUCUUCGUCACAGGACACAGAACAAAGCUAAGCGCGCUUCCGAUUGAAGCGGGAUUUGUGGGGCUGUUCGAGUUCCACCCCUUCUGGUCUUUCGUGAUGGGGUUCCUGCAUACGUACGCUGCAUAUAUAGUAUAUUGUCCACUUAUCUUUAUGCUUGCCUUCUUGCGGCCGGCGCAUCUGGUGACGGACAAGGUCAGCCCCGUCCACAAAGCCGUACAAGGACUCACAGCUUCUGCAGUGGUGCAGACCUCUGCACUCAUGAUCGGAAAAAUCGCUUUUGGGAUUCUUACUGGCGUCACCUUUAAACACUUCUGCUCUUUGCUGUCCCUGACACUCCUCCGACAACAUCUUUUCAUAUGGGACUUAUUCGCCGUUAAGUUCUUGUAUGAUAUAAUAGCGGCAUGUCUUACGUAUGUCCUCAUCGUUUUCACGCUCCUUAUUGUGGGCAUUGGCGCUCGACGGACUCUUGAGGUGAUGGCAGUCACCUGA